CAAAAUCCAUAUAUAAAACCACCAUAUUCUUAUUCUGAUCUUAUAACCAUGGCAAUUAAAGAUACAGUAGAUAAUAAAAUAACUAUAUCAUCUAUUUACAAGUGGAUUACAGACCAUUUUUUAUACUACAGAAUGACCACAAUUUGUUGGCAGAAUUCUGUUCGACAUAAUUUAUCAUUAAAUAAACGUUUUGAAAAAGUUCCCAAAGAGAGGAAUAAUUUUGGAAAAGGUGGAUAUUGGAGAAUCAAACCAGAA